AACCAAAAUACAAAACUCAUCCCAUCUUGCAUCUAAUAUUUCCAAGAAGUAUAUCCAAAACAUUAGCUUUUAGAGAAAGAAAUGAAGUACCAAAUUGUUUUUUCAGUCUUUUUGCUGUUUUCGUCCAUCUAUAGUGCAGAGUCGCUGAAAUAUACACUUAUCAGCGAUUUGGACGUAGUGGGCGCUUCUGCAGACGAGAUAUGGGCGCUUUUCGCGUCCAACGAUGCUCCUCAGAUCUUCCAACAAUUACUUCCAGGUGUGUUCGAAAAGAUAGAAGUUCUUGAAGGUAAUGGUGGUGUUGGAAGCGUUCUUCGCAUCACAUAUCCUAAAGGAUCUGUACCGUUGACAAACAAAGAAAAGUUUGUGACGAUCGAUAACCGUAGACGUCUUAAGGAGGUGUUGCAAACUGAAGGAGGAUACUUGGACAUGGGUGUAACAUUUUUCAUGGAAAGUUUCGAAAUAAUUCCCAAGAACUAUAAGUCAUGCAUAAUCAAAUCCAUGGUGAGGUAUACGGUCCCUGAUGCUGUUGCGUCUAAUGUUUCUCAUCUCAUUAGUAUUGAAGGUCUUCUUGGCAUGGCCAAAGUCGCUGCAAAAUAUGUCAUUGAUAAUAAGAAAAAAAUAGCAGAAUAUUAAGUUAUAUCGACUUGAUGUUUUUAUUAGAUUAUUAUUAUAAUAAUUGCAGUAUUUGCGCUACUUAAUGGUAAUUGUUGAAUUAUAUA